AAAAAAAUGAAGUUACGCAAUUAAUCUGUCUUCCUGUAUUUCUAUAUUUAGUUGUGAACUGCGUGUCCAUAUGGACACACAUUUUCUAGGGAUAAUUACGAGUAUACACAACGGCUACAUUAUCGGCUUUGUGCCUUCAGCACAGUUCGUUACGGUCGAGUUACAGCAUUGUCUUCCGUGAUGGUUUUCCGCUUUCUUGAACCAAAUGCCUGUGGACAUGUUUUCAUGAAUGGUGUGGAAUAACCCGCGGUAUGCCUGUAAACAUAAACUAUUUAAAUUGUGUCUGGGGAUUUUAAAUAGACACUCAUUUUUGAUAGGAUCGAAACUGGAGAAGGCUUGAAUUUCUCUGUGUACAUGCACUUUUGUGUUCACCGCUCAUCUCAGUUUAUAUUCGCGAUCAUAAGGAUUUCAUCAUUUUCGUUCAAGAAACAGACGGUGUAUGACCGACAUACCCGUCAGUGUUUGCGCAUGUUCGAUUGUGAUAAUGGUGUGGACGUACAUGUAGCGAAAUAUUCAUGGAGAGACCCAAGCUAAUAGUUCUUGUUGCAGCAAUUUUUAUGUUCGUGACUUUUGUUUCCUACGCAGUUUUUCUGGAUGAUAUAACGAAAUGGAAUCUACCAAACAGGAUUUAUUUGCAUUUGGUGUCCAACAAAACAUCAGAUGAAGGUACAUGGAAUUAUUUAUCGAAAAUCUUUCCGAAGGAAGGGAAAUAUGUCGAUGGAAAUGCUGUUAAUGAAACAUCCCAAAAAAUAUCCCAUUCUAACUUAACAGUCGUAACGGCUUACUGGAAUCUUGGAACUUUCAGAAAAGGAUCUCAUCAAACAUUUACAACGAAUACUUAUUUAACAUGGACCAAGACUUUCAAGUACCUAAUGAAUCCUCUUGUGAUAUACACAGACUGUGUGCAAUUUCGCGAUUUAAUAACCAAAGAGAGGUCCGAAGGAAAAUUGGAGUACCAGACUGAACUUGUUUUUAUAAAUAGGACAUCUCUCUGGCCAUUUUCAUUGUUGGAUAAAAUUAAACAAGUGUACAGCCAACCAGGGUACCCAGCGCACUACCCAAACACCGUAAAUCCUUCCUACUCUGCUGCGCAACAUGCAAAAUACGCAGUGGUUGCAGAUGCAGUGCGAAGGAAUUUAUACAACACUUCAUAUUUUGCUUGGCUUGAUAUAGGAUACUUUCGAGACUUGAUUGGAAGCAAUCAAUAUUUUGAAUUAAAAAUCCCACCAAACUUUGACUCAUCUCGUUUAGCAGUCAAUCUUAUAUCUCAUCAGGGAAUGAACACAAGACCCUUCAGCAUAUUUCGUAGCAAUGUAGUAUGGGUCGGUGGAGGAUUAUUCAUUGGGACCAGAAAUGUUGUGAUAGAGUUUGAAAAACUUUACGAGAGAGCAGUAUUAUACUUUCUGGACCAGAAACUAAUGAAUUCUGACCAGCAGGUUCUUUACUCAUUAUAUAGUCAAGAAGGGAGAAAAGCUCUCAAGCCUAACAUUGAACUUCAGCUGUACACUCCAACAGGUGGGGUAAACCCUUGGUUCUAUCUUGGAUAUUUAUGCAGAAAAGUUGUUAAUCGAACUAAGGUUGAAGAAUUUAUAUAAUUAGUUUUAGAGUGAUGAGAAACACUACAACAUUUACGUAAGAUUGGAUGACAUUAUUCAGCAAUGGAAUGCGUUUACAAAAAAGAUUGUGUUCACCUUUUUUUUCUCUCUGUCCAACAAAACUACUUGUUUUUAUUUCAUUACGCAAUAUUGGUUUCAAAAACCACCUUUAUUUUUCUCUCUUUAAAAAAUAAUUACUUGUUUUUUUUAAUUUCAUUACUAUAAUUUAUAAACGAUACUGUGAUAAAAAAUGAGAAACUUC